UGCCGGCACAACAAAAGCAGUUAUUACAACUUAAGUGUUAGUUGUGUGAACAACAUAAAGUGAAAACAGAAUAAGGCGAAUAAAACAAUUUAAAUAAAUAAAAUAAAACGAAACUAGAAACAAAAGAAAAUAAUUUCAUAAUAAAACGAAAAUAAGUAAAGAAAAGUGAAAAGUAAAAUAUAAAAAUGAGUGAAAGUGAAAAUCAAAUUCAUCUGGAGGAUCGUGAGCCACCAGUGAUUGUUGAGUGUUGUGGCAAUAUUCUGGAGGAUGAGUGCCAGCAGGAAGAACCUCACUCUUCCAAUGCGAAACCAAAGGAUUGUCAUAAGCAAUAUUCAAAAGCUAUAAAAAAGGCUUUUAAGGCUCAACAAAAGUUACAGAAAGCGGUGGAUGAUUUGGCCAAAGAAAUGCAUAAGAAGGAGAAGAAAGAACGUAGGAAGGGUAAGAAGCAUGUUCAUCGCCAUCGCUCACGUUCGGUAUCAAGUGCUAGCAGUGAUGGCACCAGUAGUGGUACUAGUUCUGGCACUAGUUCUAGUUCAAGUUCUAGUGAUAGUGAAAUGGAGUUUGUUCCCUGUCAUGGUCACCGCAAGCAUUUGAAUCAUAAACAUGGUCGUAAACAUCACCAUGGUCACAGAAACCGUUCUCGUUCUAGAAGUCAUUCUCGAGAACAUAAUAGAUGUCCUUGUAGUGAAAGAUUCACAUAUCAUGGUGGUCCCUCACGCCAUGAAUGUCCUGUUUAUCAUGGAGGCUAUCCUCACCAUGAAGGACCUGGACAUAAUUUUGGUCAUCAUGGUGGUUUUCCCCAUCAUGGAGGUUUCCCACACCAUGGAGGAUUUCACCAUCAUGGCGGCCCUCCACAUCAUCGUGGAUUUCCAACCCAUGGUAUGUUCGAAUAUGCUCAGUUUUUUCGGCCAUCCGGCCCCUGCAUGGGGCCGAGGCAUCAACGCGAACGCUCGAGGAGUCGUUCCCGUUCCAACUCACGUUGUAGAGCUUCGUCAGUUCCGCCAUGUUUCCUAUACGGAAGAUGUGAAUCAAAAACAAGAUCACGUCAUUGUCGAUCUGACAAACUAAAGGAGCAGCAUAAGCGACAAGUAAGUCGUUCGCGUUCUCGUUCCAAUUCACGAGGACGUCACUCUGAUGUUGAGGUAAAACAGCAUCAUGGACAUCAUAGGCGUUGUGCAAGUCAUUCACGUUCUCGCUCCAAUUCACGAGGACGUCAUGGAAAGUUGCACAAACAUCAUGGCCAUCAUAAGCGUCAUGCAAGUCGUUCACGUUCUCGCACCAAUUCACGAGGUCGUCAUUCUGAUGUUGAGUUAAAACAGCAUCAUGGACAUCAUAGGCGUUGUGCAAGUCGUUCACGUUCUCGCUCCAAUUCACGAGGACGUCAUGGUCAUGGCCAUCAUAAGCGCCAUUCAAGUCGUUCACGUUCUCGCUCCAAUUCACGAGGACGCCAAUCUGAUGUUGAGGUAAAAAAGCGGUGUAGAAGUCGUUCCCGUUCUCGCUCCAACUCACGAGGACGUCAUGAUCGUGGAAAGUCGCACAAACAUCAUGGCCAUCAUAAGCGCCAUGCAAGUCGUUCACGUUCUCGCUCCAACUCACGAACAUGUCCUGGUUAUGGAAAGUUACACAAACAUCAUAGCCAUCAUUAUAUUCAUGCAAGUCGUUUACGUUCUCGCUCCAACUCACGAGGACGUCAUUCUGAUGUUGAAGCAAAAAAGCAUCAUAAGCGUUGUGCAAGUCGUUCGCCAAGUCGCUCCAACUCACGAGGACGUCAUGGUCAUGGAAAGUUGCUCAAACAUCAUGGCCAUCAUAAACGUCAAGUCAGUCGUUCCCGUUCUCGUUCUCACUCUCGUGGAUGUCAUUCCGAAGUGGAGGUAAACAAACACCAUGGCCAUCAUAAGCGCUGUGCAAGUCGUUCACGUUCUCGAAGCAAUUCACGAGGUUGCCAUGGAAAGUUAAACAAACAUCAUGGCCAUCAUAAGCGUUAUGCCUGUCGUUCUCGUUCCCGGUCGUAUUCUCGUGGACGUCACUCAAAAUGUCGAUCCCGUUCUCACUCUCGUGGACAUUGUAGUUAUCAACAACGUCCUGCUAGCCGUUCUCGUUCUCGCUCUCAUUCCCGUGACAAUAACAAAUGUAAAGUUACUUCUACUAAACAAGAAAGAAAACAUUCUCGUUCUCGUUCUAAUUCAAGAGGUAGAAAACAUGAUCAUUGCCAUAGACAACAAAGGAAAUGUAAUAUAAAACAUGAUACCAGUUCUUCAUCAUCCUCUAGUGAUAGCAGUUCCGAUGAACGUAAUAUGUCUCAUUCUUACCGCCGUACUACAACAAAUCCUUGGAUGAGACAUUUUCAUAUGGGUUAUCCUUCAAUGAUGUUUGAUCGCAGAUUUCCCCAUAUGAUGCCAGAUUUCUAUGGCAGAAGCGAUCUUUCACGUUUUGGAUAUUUUGCUAUUCAAAUCCAAAAUUUAAUUUUAAUUGGACAAUUAGUUCUGCAGAUAUCAACGAUUAAAAAUUGUUCGAUUUCGGUGUGUUCAACCAUUAUUCUGGAGGAUGAAUGCCAGCAGGAAGAACCUAACUCUUCCAAUGCAAAGGAUUGCGAUAAGCAAUAUACAAAAGCCAUGAAAAAGUCUUUUAAGGCUCAACAAAAGUUUCAGGAAGCGGUAGAUGAUUUGACCAAGGAAAUACAUAAGAAGGAGAAGAUAGAUUAUAAGAAGAAAAAGCAUGGUCAUCACCAUCGUUCACAUUCGGUAUCAAGUGUUAGCAGUGAUAGCACCAGAAGUGGUACUAGUUCUAGCUCUAGUUCUGGUUCGAGUUUUAGUGAUAGUGAUGGCCGCAAUGACUAUGAAAUGUUAAACAAACAUCAUGUUCACCGUAAAAGACAUGUCAGUCGUUCCCGAUCUCGUUCUCACUCUCUUGGACGUCAUUCUGAAAUUGGGGUAAACAAACAUCGUGGUCACCAGAAGGGAGAUGCCUGUCAUGGUCAUAAGCGACAAGCAAGUUGUUCGAGUUCUCAUUCCAAUUCACGAGACCGCCAUGACCAUGAAAAGUUAAACAAACAACAUGCUCAUCAUAAAAGACAUGUAAGUCUUUCUCGAUCUCGUUCUCACUCUCUUGGAGGUCAUUCUGAAAUUGAGGUAAACAAACAUCAUGGUCACCAGAAGCAACAUGCCAGUCGUUCCCGUUCUCGUUCUCAAUCUCGUGGAAGUCAUUCUGAAGUUGAGACAAAACAUCAUGGCCAUCAUAAACGUUGCUCCAGUCGUUCACGUUAUCGCUCCAACUCACAAGGACGUCAUUCCGAUGUUGAGGCAAAAAUGUACCAUGGACAUCAUAAGCGUUGCGCAAGUCGUUCGCAAUCUCGCUCCAAGUCACGAGGACGUCAUGGUCAUGGAAAGUUGAACAAACAUCAUGGUAAUCAUAAGCGUUGCGCAAGUUGUUCGCGAUCUCGCUGCAACUCACGAGGACGUUAUGGUCAUAGAAAGUUGGACAAACAUGAUGGUCAUCACAAGUAUCAAGCAAGUCGUUCACGUUCUCGCUCCAACUCACGAGGACGACAUUCAGAUAUUGAGGUAAAGAAGCAUAAAGAACAUCAUAGGCACUGUGCAAGUCCUUCACAUUAUCGUUCCAACUCACGAGGACGUCAUGGUCAUAGAAAGUUGCACCAUUCACGUUCUCGCUCAAACUCGCGAGUACGUCAUUCUGAUGUUGAGGUAAAGAAGCAUCAUGCACAUUAUAAGCCCUGUGCAAGUCGUUUACGUUCUCGCUCCAACUCACGAGGAUGUGGAAAGUUGCACAAACAUCAUGGCCAUCAUAAGCCACAUACCAGCCGUUUUCGUUCUCAUUCUCGUGGACGUCAUAGAAAGCAAAGAAAAUACCACAAAAACUUCAUACCAGUUCUAUAUCAUUGUCCUCCUCUAAUGAUAGCAGUUCUAAUGGGCGUCAUAUGCCUCAUUGUUAUUGCUGUACUGCAACAAAUCUUUGGAUGA